AUGAUUCCUUUUACUGGGAAACAUGUUGCCAAACCAUACAUAAAAGGUAAACCUUGUCCAUGGGGGCUUAAUAUAUUUUUCUUAUGUGGUAAACAUGGGCAAGCCUAUGAUUUUCUACUGUAUCAAAGCUCUAGUCCAGAACUUGAAAAUAAUUUGACAAAAAAAAUUGGUUACGGUGCAGCUAUUGUCCUUCAUCUCACUAAAAGAAUUGGAGAAAGCAAGGGCCGCGAACUGUACUUUGAUAACUACUUCUCGUCAUAUAAUUUAUUACAAAUUAUGAAACAAAGAGGCAUUAAGGCUGCAUGCACAGCUCGUAUAAAUAGAUUCUCCAACCCAUCGCUACUAAGCGAUAAAGAAAUUAACAAAAAGGCUCGAGGAUUUUCUCAAGAAGUAAGUAGUUUUGACGAAGAUGUAACUGUGGUCAAGUGGCUGGAUAAUAAGAUUACCCAUCUUGCUUCUAAUUUUGUUGGUAUUGGUGAAAAAGGCUUAGUCAACAGAUGGUGUAAGAAAGACAAGAAAUUUAUUGAUGUUGAACGCCCCGAAGUGGUCAGGAAAUACAAUCACGCAAUGGGGGGAGUUGACCUUUUAGAUCAACGCAUGAGCUACUACAGAACCUUCAUAAAAUCAAAAAAAUGGACUGUUCGCAUGAUAUUUCAUGCUUCUGCUUUAGCUUAA